CCGGCAGGGGGAGCGGAGGAUCCGGCGCGGCCUGGGAGGCGCGCAGCCGGCGGCCAGAGCGGCCUGUGGGAAGCGGACUUUCAUGCAGACAACGGCAGUAGCUCAUCCCUGACUGGAAGCGGGAGAACAAGCUCUGGUGUCCACAAGUUUGAGAAAUCCUGUGUUGAAGCAUAAUGUUACUACAUAAGCCAGAGAAACGAAGAGCUCUGCCAGGCCUGAUUGCUGGUAGUGACAUGGAGGACGAGGCUGGCAUUUCAAACUGCCAGCCGCUUUUACCAGUCACUGCAUAACUUAAAUAGAAGCUAUGCAUAUUGGCUGGCCAACAAAGCCAAGGAACAAACACUAUGGCAGUUAAAAUGGUCUCUCUGAGUCCAGGGCUCUUUCCCUGGAUUUUAACACCACGGAUCUCUUUCUUUUCAUCCCAUCAGCAAUGUGGUAUCUUCUUCUAUUUGAUGAUGACAGCCGAGACUUAGGAUUUGCCUGACUACGGUUAGAGACCUGAGUCACAGCGAGGAAAAUGAAAUUUCCAUUUUAUUUGGUGCCUUGUGCAGGGAGCACACUGAUUCUUCCAGAAACUUGUGUGUGAAGAAGAGAUUGAAUUUUGUCAGACUCAUGGUUAUGGCGAGUGAUCCGACGUGACCAGCCUGGGCAAGAGCCGCCGGGAACUCAUGACAGGCUAUACCAUGUUGCGGAAUGGGGGAGUGGGAAACGGUGGUCAGACCUGUAUGCUGCGCUGGUCCAACCGCAUCCGGCUGACAUGGCUGAGUUUCACGCUGUUCAUCAUCCUGGUCUUCUUCCCUCUCAUUGCUCACUAUUACCUCACCACUCUGGAUGAGGCAGAUGAGGCUGGCAAGCGCAUCUUUGGCCCCCGGGCUGGCAACGAGCUCUGUGAGGUAAAGCAUGUUCUGGAUCUUUGUCGGAUCCGUGAGUCUGUGAGCGAAGAGCUUCUACAGCUGGAAGCCAAGCGGCAGGAGCUGAACAGCGAAAUUGCCAAACUCAACCUCAAGAUUGAAGCCUGUAAGAAGAGUAUAGAAAAUGCCAAGCAGGACCUGUUGCAGCUCAAGAAUGUCAUUAGCCAGACAGAGCACUCCUACAAGGAGCUGAUGGCCCAGAACCAGCCCAAACUGUCCCUGCCCAUCCGACUGCUUCCCGAGAAGGACGAUGCUGGCCUUCCACCCCCCAAGGUCACUCGGGGUUGCCGGCUUCACAACUGCUUUGAUUACUCUCGGUGUCCUCUGACAUCUGGCUUUCCUGUCUAUGUCUAUGACAGUGACCAGUUUGCCUUUGGGAGCUACCUGGACCCUUUAGUCAAGCAGGCUUUUCAGGCUACAGUGAGAGCUAACGUUUAUGUUACAGAAAAUGCAGCCAUCGCCUGCCUGUAUGUCGUGUUAGUGGGAGAAAUGCAAGAGCCCACUGUGCUGCGGCCUGCUGACCUUGAAAAGCAGCUGUAUUCUCUGCCACACUGGAGGACAGAUGGACACAACCAUGUCAUCAUCAACCUGUCCCGGAAGUCAGACACACAGAAUUUACUGUACAAUGUCAGUACAGGCCGGGCCAUGGUGGCCCAGUCCACCUUCUAUGCUACUCAGUACAGAGCUGGCUUUGACUUGGUUGUGUCACCACUUGUCCAUGCCAUGUCUGAACCCAACUUCAUGGAAAUCCCACCACAGGUGCCAGUUAAGCGGAAAUAUCUCUUUACUUUCCAGGGUGAGAAGAUCGAGUCUCUGAGAUCUAGCCUUCAGGAGGCCCGUUCCUUUGAGGAAGAAAUGGAGGGCGACCCUCCAGCAGACUAUGAUGAUCGGAUCAUUGCCACUCUAAAGGCUGUACAGGAUAGCAAGCUAGAUCAGGUGCUGGUAGAAUUUACUUGCAAAAACCAGCCGAAGCCCAGUCUGCCAACUGAGUGGGCACUGUGUGGGGAGCGGGAAGACCGUCUAGACUUACUGAAGCUCUCCACCUUCGCCCUCAUCAUCACUCCCGGGGAUCCACGUCUGCUUAUUUCAUCUGGGUGUGCAACACGGCUCUUUGAAGCCCUGGAGGUGGGAGCUGUGCCGGUUGUGCUUGGGGAGCAAGUGCAGCUCCCGUAUCAUGACAUGCUGCAGUGGAAUGAGGCUGCCCUGGUGGUGCCCAAGCCUCGUGUUACAGAGGUCCACUUCCUGUUACGCAGUCUCUCAGACAGUGAUCUGUUGGCUAUGAGGCGGCAAGGCCGCUUUCUCUGGGAGACCUACUUCUCCACCGCUGACAGUAUUUUUAAUACCGUGCUGGCCAUGAUUAGGACUCGAAUUCAGAUCCCAGCUGCUCCCAUCCGGGAAGAGGUAGCAGCUGAGAUCCCCCAUCGUUCAGGCAAAGCAGCUGGAACUGACCCCAACAUGGCUGACAAUGGGGACCUGGACUUGGGACCGGUAGAGACAGAACCGCCCUAUGCCUCACCUAAAUACCUCCGCAAUUUCACUCUGACUGUCACAGACUGCUACCGUGGCUGGAACUCUGCACCCGGACCUUUCCAUCUUUUUCCACACACACCCUUUGAUCCUGUGUUGCCCUCUGAGGCCAAAUUCCUGGGCUCAGGGACUGGAUUUCGGCCCAUCGGUGGCGGGGCUGGGGGCUCUGGCAAGGAGUUCCAGGCAGCGCUUGGAGGCAAUGUCCAGCGGGAGCAGUUCACAGUCGUGAUGCUGACCUAUGAGCGGGAGGAAGUGCUCAUGAACUCCCUGGAGAGACUCAACGGCCUCCCCUACCUGAACAAGGUAGUGGUGGUGUGGAACUCUCCCAAGCUGCCCUCGGAGGACCUUUUGUGGCCAGACAUUGGUGUCCCCAUCAUGGUUGUUCGCACUGAGAAGAACAGUUUGAACAAUCGGUUCUUGCCCUGGAAUGAGAUUGAGACAGAGGCCAUACUGUCCAUCGACGACGAUGCUCACCUCCGCCAUGAUGAAAUCAUGUUUGGUUUUCGGGUUUGGAGAGAGGCCCGUGAUCGCAUCGUGGGUUUCCCUGGCCGGUACCAUGCGUGGGACAUCCCUCACCAGUCCUGGCUCUACAAUUCCAACUACUCCUGUGAGCUGUCCAUGGUGCUGACGGGCGCUGCCUUCUUUCACAAGUAUUAUGCCUACCUGUAUUCUUAUGUGAUGCCCCAGGCCAUCCGAGACAUGGUGGACGAGUACAUCAACUGUGAAGAUAUCGCCAUGAACUUCCUUGUCUCCCACAUCACACGGAAGCCCCCCAUCAAGGUGACGUCGAGGUGGACUUUUCGAUGCCCAGGGUGCCCUCAGGCCCUGUCCCAUGAUGACUCCCACUUUCAUGAGCGGCACAAGUGUAUCAACUUUUUUGUCAAGGUGUAUGGCUAUAUGCCUCUCUUGUACACACAGUUUAGGGUGGACUCUGUGCUCUUCAAGACCCGCCUGCCCCACGACAAGACCAAGUGCUUCAAGUUCAUCUAGGGCCUUGCCAGUUCUGAUGACAAUGAGCAGAGUAGGGGAGUUACCCCCAAGGUUCCCAAGGUGUCGAAGGUCCUUGGGGACAUCUGUGGGGCAGGGCCCAGACCCUUUGCUGAGCGAGGCAGCAGGAAGAGUAGAAAGGACAGCUGUCUGUCUUCUGAGUCAGCCAUACUGGGCCUGGAAUCCUGGUCAGCCGACGCGGCUUCUGCACAGGCACUGACUGAUAGCCGACACUGAGGACUGUUCACAAGCCCAGGACAGCUGGUUCGUGCUUUUUAAAUUCAGUAACAGCAUUUAUUAUUUAAAGAGAGUUUCACAUCUGCCAUUCAAGGCUUAUUUAUAUGUGUGCAUAUAUGUACACACAUAUGUGUAUAUACAUAUAUAUGUGCACACACACACACACACACACACACUUUGGUGGGUCUGGGUACACCUGAAAUUUCUGCCAAUCUCUCCAAGAGAGGGACCUACCCGGCUGUGUAUUUGUGGAGAGGGUCCUGGCCCUGUAUAACCUGGACACUGCGGCUCCACCCUCCCAGGGACACUGGCUGCAGAAGUCAGCAGGAUGGACCUGGCCUAGGCAGGGUCUCCUGACCUCUCCCGGCCCCUUUCCAAUGCCUCAGUGCUGCUCCCACAGCUUCUGCUGGAGGCUGCACACAGUAGGGACAAUGUGCCCCAGAUGCUUUGAAGAGUUGGAACUGGGCCGCACUCACGUGUCACCGGGCUUUCCAUUCUUUCUUGUGUUUGAGAGAGAACAAGGAGGCAAACAGUGAGGUGGAGAUGAGACCUGUACUUAGCUUACCCAUCAUCCGGGUGACACUGGUGCAGGGUGCUGGUGGCCGGUUCCGUAGUACUUGCUUCUUUCCGAGGAGACAACAGGAAUGUGGCAGGCAGGCUGGGAGCUCGGCUGGUGUAGAGUCAGCCUGUGUCCUUUGAGGAUUCCAUAGUCUUACUCCAAGGCAUCUGCCUUGGCAAGAACCCCCAGGUGAAAUUCACCUUCCCUCUUGUGUCUAGAUGUCCAUCCUGUACCUGUGGGGUUUAGACCCCUGAUGCCAUGUCGGCUGUAGGGAGCCCCUGCCUUCAAGGUCUGGGGUGUGCUAGAACCCGGACAGAGGCUGCGAUUUGCUAGGUGAGUCCUAGUCUGUUUUGGACGUUAACAGGCAGUCACCCCAUGCUACCUGUUGAUGGUUCUCUUCCCAGGGCUGAAAGUAAAAUAAACCAACUUGGGGUAGAUGGCAGUGGGAAACUGUUGAGUCAGGGAUUCGCCCUGUGACUUGUCUCCCCAGCCCCAGCAGCUGAAGCAGAGCUCAGUCUGUCCUGGUCAUGUACCUGCCUUAAGCCAGUUCCGUCUUCCUAGGCCCUGAUACAUGUGCUGCUGCUUGGGGUCCUCUCUGCCUGCUGUCCUGACUUCUCUCUAGAUCCCUCCUGCCAUAGGGCUGGCAUGGCCCCGGGAGCGCCUCAGGCCCGCAGGCCCAGGCUGCUGCAGAACUUCCACCGGAUCUUCAGGAACCCAACUCCAAGGGCUGCCUGGGACAUUUGGUUCUUGGCAACUCGGCGAAGGGAUCGAGACUUCCCCCGACCUUCUGUCAUCUCAGCAGCCCUUGUAGCGGUAGCCCUCCUCCCUCAGGGGAGCCAAAGAGUGUGGUGUUUGUGUGAAAUAUGUGGCUGCUAUUUUAUCUUUUGUUCUCCUUUCCCAGUAUUGGGGAGGGAAGCCAGAGUGUGGGUGAACAUCCCGACAGUCGCUCUGCCCUGAGCCCCAUCCCUGUCGCCUCCUUUCUUUUCAUUAAGAGGUUGUAUAUGGUGCUGUGGCACUGAUAAGCAAGUCAGUCUCUGUGGUAGGACCCCCUUUGUGGGUCACUCAUGGGUAUCACUGAAAUGUGGUUGAGGGAUAGUGAUGUCAGAGUGUCCUUCGGGAUAGCACCUCUGGGCCUGGUGGAACACUAACUGAAGGACCCCAGCAGCAAGCAUGGACAGUGACUGUACCUGAGGGACUCUGUCAGAGGCAAGAGGCAGAGACAAAGCAGUUGGACCCCGCUUGUGAUUUGGGUUUGGGGGUUAGGGGACAUGCUUGGACAUGAUUGUGCCACUACAAGUAUGGGGAGCCUGCCUGGUGUUUGGGGCUGCUCACUGUGGGUCACCUCCUAGUGCAGAGUCUUACCUAACAUGGGUCACACUUAGCUACCCAGUCUCAGCUCCCAGGGCCAGGACAGCUUUGUUUUCCAGUUGCUCUUUAUCUUGAGGUCAAGGGCCACCCACAGUGUGACAGACCCCUGGGGUGCCUCAGGCCAGUGGACCACCUAUAAUGCUCCUGUCUUGGGUGGCCUUGUUAGUGAACAAGGAGCUGGAGGGUGGGACCACUGGGGGGGGGGGGGGCUCUGAUAACAGAACUUGUCCAUCUGUCUGCUCCUUUCAAACCAUGAGCACAAAGGUCUUACGUUGGAUUUUUGUAAAAAAACAAAAUAAAUGGAGACUUUAACUCAA